AUGAUGAGAUUCCUUUCAUUACAACUGCUGCUUCUGUCAUCAUUGCAAUCGGUUGCUUCAGCAUUUCAUGUUCAGCAUCCUAACAUUCAUAACAAUGCAGCAGCAGCAGCAGCAGCUAUCUCAUCAUCAUCGUCACGGCACUUGUCAUCAACGGCACCCACCACCACAGGUAGAAGAUCGUUAUCAUCAUCUUCUUCUUCUUCCAAACUUCACAUGCUGCCACCAAUGCCAAAUCCAGCACUCUUUCUUCCACAUGAAGUUCUUGAGACAUCAAAGACUCUGAUGCACAUGUACCAGAAUGCCUUGAUUGACAAUCCAAUCACCACCAAAGCUCUCACCUCUGGAGUUCUAGCCACUGCUGGAGACCUCAUUGCACAAGUCUCAGCCCAUAAAACAACCGCCGUUGUUGAGGGUAAUGAUGACACAAAGCCUUCUUUCGAUUACGAUUUGGCUCGUGGUAUCUGCUUCUUGGCCUUUGGUGCCGCCUAUACGGGAAUCUUUCAGCACUAUUGGUUCGACUUUUUGGGUAAUCACAUUACCCAAUGGGGCGAAACCUUGCACCUGUGGGGACCUUCACACGUUUCCAUUCCCGUUCGUGCUCUCUAUGAACUCAAGGAGUGGUGGGCCUACUUUGAUGUCAUGGCAGCCUUGGAGGAUCCACCCUCCAAUACUGCCGUAGCUACUGCCAAGCUUGCUGUCAAUCAGUUCCUCAUGAUCCCAACGGUCUACAUGCCACUCUUCUUUGCAGUGACGGGAUCGCUUGCCAAAUUGAACCUUGAGGAAUCAACGGAUCGAGCGAAGAACAUGUACAUUCCAUUGUUGAAACGAAACUAUUUCUAUUGGCUUCCCGUACAGUUCUUUCAGUUCUUGGUGGUCCCACAGGACUUUCAGAUCCUCUACAUUUCGUGUGCCAGUCUGGUGUGGACGGUGAUCCUUUCCUCACUUGCCACUGAUCAACAGCAGCAGCAGCAGCAGCAGCAACCACAACAAUUGCAGCAACAGCAGCAACAACAAAUGGAACAACAACAACUACCGGCAUCUACCAUGGCGGUUACCGAUUCCGUCACCUUGGAAGAUCUCGAAGAAGCGCUGCUCCCAGAAGCCGCUCGCAACCUCUUGGAGAAUCCCAACUUUGGGUCCACUACCAUUGGUGGAGCCUUUGGAUUACUCGCAAGUGCUGCCAAUGAUGGUUUGGUGGGAGGCUUUGUUUCCAAUCUAUUGGGAGCCACCAUUGGAUCUGGAGUCGCCGUGACCACAGCUGCGGGAGCCGUGAUUGGCCUCCUCCUUUCGGCACAAUCGUCCGACAAGGCUUCUGAAUCCAAUCCAGAUUGGGAAUUGCUGCCCGAGGAAGCCAUGCGCAAUCUUCCCGAAUCUCAGUUGCGACAACAACAACAACAACAAAAGCAACCAGAGUCUUCAAAAGACAGCAGUGACUUUGGCAGUUCUCCAACACUCCAAGCCCAGGUGGAUGCCGAGGGAGUCCGGUGA